AUGAAACUGCACAAAUUUAACAACUUCAAAUUCUCGUACAUAAGUGGCAAUGUGAAGGAAGCUGUUCAUUGUACACCGAUAACAUUGAAUACACUCAAACGGCCAGAAAGCCCUGAAAUGUCCAUUUCCAAUCUUGGUGCAAUAAUUGCUCUUUACCCAAUCAAGGUUUUGAGCCUCAAAUAUACUCGACAUAUCAUAUGGUAUUGUGUUUAUGACAAAAGUAAUCAUGAUCAGAUAUCGAAGAGGGAAUAUCAAAUGCAAAUACAUGACCCCGUAAUCAAAUCAAUUAUACGACCUGGGUCUUUGGCGAUGAAACUCAAUACACGUAUGGAAAGGCACAUUAUCUUUGCCCAUAAACUGGUAAAGUUCUACAUCGUCGGGAUUCUUCCACCACUUUUCCCAAUCUGGUGUGUGGCAUGCACCCUUCUCGGAGCCAAGCAUGUGUUGCUUGGACAGCAUUUUGACUCCAUCCUCCAGCUACUGACAUGCGGCGGAUAUAUUCUUCUAAUCGGUCCUUCAGCAGAGGAAGUUCAAGAAACAAGUGGUUCGUAUCCCGAAUGCGUGGAGUGUGGCGACAAACCUGCUCCAGUAAUUCCGUCGGAUUUAAAAGCUUCUGGCACUUUUCACACUGAUCGCCACGGGCAGAGUCAUAAUUGCAAAAUGGACAAUUACCUUCCACAAGCCUAUCAGCCAAGAAUCUUACGCAUGUAUCACAGAAUAGCUUCACAGGAAAAAAUGAAAAACUUCACAAUGAUGCAAAAUUUGGACAUAGAACUCAAGACUAAAGAUUAUGGUAAAUUUAUACUCACGUACGUCACUGGAAUGCAUCCACAACCACAUGUUGCUCAAGUUGGAACCUGA